UGACUUUUAGAUUGAAACACCAAAUGCUGGGCGGGUUUUAUGUAAUUUUGCCCGGAAGAGGAGUGCAGAGGUUCCAGCUGUUAAACUCGUGUGAUGCCUUCUCCCUCACCGCUCUUGAAGACAAGGAGUACUUUUAAUCAUGGAGUUCCCCAACCAUAGCCGUCAGCUUCUAGAAAGCCUACGGGAACAGAGGCAGCAAGGAUUCCUGUGUGACUGCACUAUACUCGUUGGCUCCAAUAAAUAUCUUGCCCACCGAGCAGUCCUUGCUUCCUGCAGUACUUUCUUCCACAUGUUCUACACUGAACAGCUAGACAAACGUGAUGUAGUGCGAAUCAAUAGUGAGAUUGUUACUCCUUCUGCCUUUGGACUCUUGCUUGACUUCAUGUAUGAUGGCAAAUUGCUGCUGACCAAUACCCCAGCAGAAGAUGUAUUAGCUGCUGCCAGCUAUCUACAUAUGAAUGACAUUGUACGUGUGUGCAAACGCAAGCUGCAAGGACGGGGGCUGGCAGAGGCAGACAGCACACGUAAAGAGGAUGACUCUUUUGUUGACAGAGAAGUUGUUGUUGUAAAUGGUGUAGGAGAAGGCACACAUCCUUGCACUCCUAGGCUAACAGAUAGAAAAAUGCCUGCAGUUGAUGGCAGGGUGCCUGUUCUGGAGGUAAACCAUUGUUCUGAAGAUGAAAAAGAAGGUAGACGAAUUUUGGGGCCCUGUGAAAUUAAAAACUCUUCAGCCAGAGGACUUGGCUCUCCUGUUGGUACUAGAGAACUUCAGGUUUCUGGGCUGUCUUGCUCAGACAUGGCAGACACAACACAGCCAGGGAUGGAUGCUGUUCUUCCACCUGCUCGAGUACAAGUCUUGAAUGAACACCCAUCCUGCUUCCCCAUCUGUGCAAGUGCUCGGUCUCAGACUUGUGCACAACCUGCAACACCUCAAGCACAAACAGAAUCCACAUUGGCCAGUCCCUGCAGCUCAACUGAAAUUGUGCAACAUCAGCAGUGUAUUCAAAACCAGGCACAAGCUUCUGCCAGCCUCUCUCCUUCUUCCCUCAGUGUCUCUCAGAUACCACCAUUUCCGCACAGCAGUCAAAGUGUUCCAAGCACUACUUCCAUACAGCACCAGCAUCAAUGUAAAUCCCAAGACCCCUCCACCUUCAUUCAGAGAGGAGCCAGUAUCCAGCAGCAGAGAUGUCCAGAUCAUCGACCUCAUCUCACUGUCAUGGCUUUAGCAAAUGACAGACUCUCUGAGGAGAGACUGGAAGAGGAGGAAAAAGAGGAAGAUGAUGAAGAUGAAGAAAGUAUUGACAGUCAAGAGAGGGACAUGGUAAAAGUGAAAGUUGAAGCUAUCAUAAUUUCUGAUGAGGAGUUGGAGGACAUGGAAGAGAGCAUGGAGAGCAUAUUUCAAGGCUGUCGAUCAGAAAUUGGACAAAGCAGUGGCAAUGGAGAGAACCUGAGUCUUGGUGGGCUGGACUCUGGAGUUGGAGGUGAUGGUGGUAGGAGUGGAGUGGGAAAUAGUGAGGACAGUUUAACCCCUCAACCUUCUCAACCCCAUCACUUUCUACCCCACCACCAUGACCCUUUGAGCUUUUCCCAUUCUCAGACACACGCUUCCACCAUAACUCAGUCACCUACUUGUGGAAACUCUGGUACAGCAGCACCUUCUGUUUCUUUUCCCAGCCUCCUCAGCAACUCCCAACAGCAUAUUUUGGCCUCCAGUGAGCAAAUUUACUUCCAUGACAUUCAUGACUCCUUGGGUUCUUAUGUGGAAGAUGUUCCCACAUGCCGCACUUGUGGCAAGACCUUUUCAUGCGCCUACACCUUACGGCGACAUGCUAUUGUGCAUACCCGUGAGAGGCCUUAUGAGUGUCGCUACUGUUACCGCAGCUAUACACAGUCUGGAGACCUCUACCGACACAUCCGUAAAGUGCAUAGUGAGGGUCUGCCACCAAAAAGAGGCAAGAUUGAUAAUGAAAAUGGCACGUAAAAAAAAAAAAAAACUGCCCAUAAGGUGGAUGGAAGAUUCCCCACUCUUUAUCAAGGUUUACAGCUAAAUGUACAUUAAAACACAAUUUAUUGAAAACUUAACAGCUGGUUGUAACAAGGCCUUUGGUGGUGGUGACUUUGAGGCAAUACUCAGAUAUAGUGCUUCUCGAAUGGUGAGCCAUAUCGCAGUAUUGUCCAAAUGCACCCCUGAUUGUUAACCAAAUUAAGCUGAUAGGAAUAGUUAUAGAUGUGCAUACAGUUUGUGGCCUGUGGUAUAAGAAUAAGGUUGUGAAGAUGGUCUUCCCCAUUGUGGAACACUUGAGAUGCCAGUUUAGAUAUAAAAGGAACCAGCCAGCUAAUAUUCAUACUUUAUUUUGACCUUUUAUAAAGGCAGUGAUAUUGUAGAGACAUAUCAUGUGAAGAACUUAGUUUGUUUAACUGUAACACAGAUUUAGACAUUUUUGCGGACUAUACCAGCUUGACAGCACCAGCUGCCACAGGUUGACAAAUUCAUGAAUUCCUUUCAGUCAGCCAACAAGCACUUGGGUCAUUUCGGUGUGCUGACAGGGAACACAUUGGUUAAGGCAAGGAUUUACAAAGGUAUGCCAACAACCCCCCACAAAGAAGUGAUCAAUGACAACACUUGAACUUGCACCUCUUUUACACAACAGACCUCUUCCUGAAACUGGAGGGUGUCCAUAGGACAUUAAGUGCUUCACCCUGCGGUGAAUGCGGAGUAUGGGUGGGUUACAGUCACUAUUGAUAAUGUCACAUGCUAGACAAGCACUGUAGCAAAUAAAGAAUGCUUUUAUAUCAUUUGACACUGCUAGACAUCAGAAACAAAAUACUUAGAUGACCGGUUUUUAAAGAGUACUAUGUACGCUGCACUUCAAGUUAGGGAUUUUAAUGGUUAGCUAUUACUUGAUUAAUGUACAUUUAAAGUUUAAACCAAACAUUCUUAUUAAGUACAUGGUUACAUUUGUAUUGGGAAAUGUAUCUGCCUUGCUUCAUUCCAGUGUCCAAUGUAGGCUUACUUUGAUACUUUGAGACAUGGUGUUCAAUUAGAUAGAUUAAUAAGGGCAGUAUUUAAGCUUUAUGUCAGAUUGUUUUACAUCUAGAAAGAGAUGUUUACUGCAGCCUCUGUAAUACUGUGCCGAAAUACAGAAAGCAGCAUUUCUACCAUGUAUCACAUAUACAAAACAAUAAUGUCGCUUGUGGGAUCAGAUAACAGUAACCUACCACAGCAUUUCCCAAUUUGUAUGCCACAUGCAGAUCUGCUGCAACCGACCCUGGAUUAAAAUAAGCCUCACCAUCAAAACCCUGUGCUCCAAUGAUCGUGCUCAAUUCACAGCAGCAGGAUCGCAGAUCACAACCGAUCCUGGAAAACUUCCCCAUCCCAUGCUCUGACAAUCUUGCACGAUUCAUCAAGGAGGAAAAGUUGACGAUUUAACUUGAUUCAUCUAACUCUCUGAUGAUUGAGUGGGACCGACUCCCGCUUUAAUGGUUGCACUUGAUUCACUGAGGGGGACCAUCCCUCUUCCCCUGCUUAGAUGAUCACACUAAAUUCACAGAGAUGGACACCCCCACCUUGCCAUGUGUCACAAACACACUGGCAUGUCAAAACCUGGGUUGCAACACCACAGCAGUUGGGAAAAGCAGUGUUCUACCAUCAUUAGGAAAAUUGAUAACUGGUAGUCAUAAGAAAUCACACUGAGGGCACUUAAACUGAUAGAACAAGACAUCAUUUUAAGCAGUGAGGGUUAAUCGCUAAAGCUUUCAGCCAGUAAUCAGUUAUCUUGAGCCAGGGUACCUGAUUUGGCAGCCUUUUUUUUUUUAAAAAUUACAUUUACUGACUGAUACAAUGGCCAAUAAACACACUCAUAAUUGACUUUGGAGGACAGUCCAAAUGAUCUGCAACUAUAGAAAUGAAGAGUAAAAGAUGAAAUCCGGGGUUUUGUAUGCAAAUGUUUCAGUCAAAUCUACAGUUAAUAAGUCUGCUGUGAACCAAACUGCUGACAUGUAAACGUGGGGACUCCAAGACAAAGAGGUUUUACGUUUUCAUGAUAAAACACAAACCUUUGGCAUUGCACUACACAACACAUCCUGUAGCCCUCAUUUACAUAAUCUUGUAGGAUUAUGGACAGUCAUGGCGCAUGCUCAUGGCCACCGUUGGUGUAGUGUGACAUCCCCAGUCAAUCUGUCGUAGCAGUUUGGCACUUUUAAGUCAUAGGGGUGUGUGUAUGUAAGAGAAAGCUGACAACCAAUGAGCACUCCUUGUUACUGCAUGGAAUGAAGGAAAGCAGUUGUUUUAGACUGAAAACAGAAGUGAGGCUUGUUUCCCCACUUUUAUGUUUGUUGUGCUACAGCAGAAUGACAAAUGCAAGCUGAACUUGCCUUACCCGUAAAACCUUCGUACAUAUAUGGUUUCUCUUAGUCAACAUGUUAAUCUGCUGUCAAAAUAAAGCAAGCUUGUGAUACUUUAAAAGUUUAAAACUGUGCUGAGAAGUCAUGAGGCAAGUGUAUAAUCUGUCAUCCAUUACAGAGUUUUAGUCAUCUAAUCUGACAUUCUUAAGGCGAUGACAUGCAACAGCUACAGUCGCUAAAUUCAAAAUACUUUCUGAAUUAAUUGUCUUGUAUUGUGCCGUCUGCCUUAGUUUUGCUUUUAAACUCCAAGUCACAGUCAAUGAUUGAUUUAACAUAUAUCUUAACUGUGGUGAGAGACUACCUCAGCAUAACUUGAACAUUAAUGGUACGAAGUGUGGUUUUGGUUUAUGAAAUGUGAUUAGAGUUUACAGAUAUAUGCUACUUUUGUGGGUCAUUUGAAUAAGUGUAUAGCAUGAUUUUUUUUAAUGUAGACAUACCAAGAUUUGAUCUUCAUUUGAACAGUAUUUUUAGGUAAAUGUGAUGUAAUUGAAAAAAUGAAAAUUUGACUUUGCAGUAAUGGGCGACUUUAUGUUUAGCUUCAAUUGUCUGACCGAUAAGUCUCACAUUAUCCUCAAGCACCCUCUGGUACAAUGAAGAAUUCAUAGUGAUGAGCUAGGCAAAACCCAGCAAAGCAGAACCAAACCAUAACAUCUCCACCUCCAUGCCUUACAGUUCUUCUGUCUUCGGUUUUCAACAAACAUGCCCUGUGGUACUGUGGCCAGAUAACUCUGUCUUUGUCUCUUCUGUCCUGAGCACAAUGUUCCAGAUGGCUUGGUCUUUGCUCGGAUGUUCUUGCUGAACAGCAAAGGGGUUCCUCUGGCAUACUUCCCAUGUAGAUCUAAUUUGUGCAGCCUAUUCCUAAUAGUGGACUAUUGCACUUUGAUAUCAACAGUGGCAUGAGCAACCUGUAAUCCCUCAUGCUGAAAUUCUGGGGUUCUUGGAGACUUCUUUCAGUGUCUUGCAUUCUGUUCUAGGGCUGAAUUUGCUGUGGUGGCCUGGUCUGGAUAAGCUGUCAGUUGUUUGUAAUGUUCUACAAUUGUACAUGAUCUUCCUGGCAGUGGAAUAGUUAAUUUCUAUUUGUUGGAGAUCUUUUUAAAUCCCUUCCCAGAUUCGUAAGCAACUAUUGCCUUCUUUCUGAAUAUUGAUAUAGGCAUGGUGAUCAUACACUUCAAUAGCAAAAAGCCAACCAAACCAAAUAUCUAAGGUUUAAAUAAGAUAGGGCCAGACAAGAUCCUCUCUAAUGGUGUUCUAAUUUUAGGUAUUUGAGGUAGUGAUAAAUAUGCAUAUGAAAAUUGCUUUUAUGUUUAUUCAAAUUAUGCAGUGGAUUACAAAAUGUGUGAUGUUUGUUAUAUUGUGUCACCUUUUUUAUAAAUAUUAUUUAAAUGAA